CCGAUUAUCUAAUCAAACGCGAUCUCCGUAGUCCGAUUUGGCCCAGUGACCUUAGCAAUCAAGACAAAUAGCAACCGUCGUUAAAAAAUUUGGCGGGCAAUUAAAGAAAUUCAAAUAAAGAGCAAGCCCUAGCGGCCUCAUCUCUUCCCUCUCUCUCUCUCUACAAACACGCUCAGACACUCUCUCACUAAAACCUCCUCUCUUAAUGCAAAUUCGCUCUCUCAUUUUUUUUUUUUUUUAACACGGAAAUGUCUAUUAAUUUAAAGGCCGUGUUUUGAACUGCAGGGGAGAUCAAUUGAAGAGGAUUUUGAAGUCUCAAAUCUUUUAAUCAUGUUUUAAAGUUUCAAUUGAUGGCUGCGUAUUAAGGUGUAAUUAUUCGAAAACUCGGAAUAGCUCAAUCAGGGAAAAAGGUGUAUAAGUUAGUUAAGGGACAACUUAGAAUACAAGUAAGAAAGAAGAGUGACAAAAGUAUGGGAAAAGUGUCUCCGAAAGAUAGGGAAUUAAAAACAGCUAAAAACAACAGGCGGUUGAAGAGUUCUAGCAGUAAGUAUGUGAAACCAGGUACUCUUGCUCAACUUCGAUACCGUAAAGCUUCAGCCGCCAAGUUAUGUACCGAUCUUGGGAAGAAAAGGGUAGCUGUGUUAGGUGCCAAGAAACCGGAGGGUGACAAUCUUUUGAUUGAAAAUGGGGUUAUUGAGAAAAGCUCUUUGAUGUUAUCGCCCGCCGGUUUGCAUAAACAGAAUAGUUUGAUGCGGACACCAAAGACACCUCGCCCUGAAGACUUCGAUUCAGACUCAAGGCUGGAGUCUCUUCCUAUGGAUUUAGUGGUUAAAAUACUUUGUCACUUGCAUCAUGACCAACUGAGGGCAGUUUUUCAUGUUUCUCAAAGGAUAAGAAAGGCCGUUUGCCUUGCUAGGCAAUUCCACUUUAAUUACACAACACCUGAUCGCUCAAGACUGGAAAUGUUGAGAACGAAGACACCAAGGCCGACCGAACACUGGCCCUUUAUAAGCAAAGGUGACGGGAAAAGUAUUUUGAUGAGAAGUCCACACACUCCAAAAGCUCCAAGGCAUGGUCCACGACCACCUUCCCGUGUAAAAGUCACUGAGAUGAGGCAAAUUGCUGCAGUGCUGUUUCAGGAUUCAGGAUUCCCAUCAAGAUGCACGGUACCGUCUGUUCUCUCAAAACCAUUAUGCAAAUCUUUGGCUUCCAAUCGAGUGCUAUUCUAUGAGGAUGAGUUAUGCCAAGCUGUUGCUCAGAAUAAGCUUCAUUGAUUUCUUCUCCGUGCUUAUCUCAAAACCUGGAUUCCUACAUGUAUAGUUUAUUUUUCAUUUCUAUAGGAGAAUGUAUUUAGAUUUAGAAAGUAUCAGGUAUGCAAUUUUGUAGCUUUGCUUGGGCAGUACUAAGUUAUAUGAAAUUUCAUAUGAAUCUUAUCUGCACUAAGGGUUGGAAGAUCUAGAUGAUGAAUUUGGGUUUUCACAACAAUAGCUUCUAAACUGGUUGGCUUGUAUAUCUUUUUCUUAUAUAUAUGUUU